CUCUACCCACGCAGCACAAUCGAUAUCUUCAUUCACGUCCUCCAGCUCGACGGCGGCCUCCUCUCUGCUUGCAUAAACGCCUCCACCCUCGCCCUCGCAACCGCAGGCAUUCCCCUCUUCGACUUUGUCUGCACUAUCAGCGUGGGUGUGCAUGGCACCCAACCCUUACUCGAUCUCAUCACAGUCGAAGAAAACGAUGUGCCGACAGUCAUGGCGGGCGUGAUACCUCGUACAGUACGCAUGACCCUCGUCCAGAUGGAGACUCUGUUGCAUAUGGAUCACUUUCAGGAGGUGUUUAAAGUUGCGUGCGAUGCGGGCAAGGUGCUUUGGAGUGAGAAGGGGGAUGCGCCCAGGGAAUAG